AUGAGUGAACAAGACUUUGAAAAACAAAUCUCCGAGGACUCCUACCGCCACAACGAUGUUCAGCAGGUAGCCACAUCUGGUGCCAACAACGAAUUCAUUCACAUUGGUAACCAAAAGUUCAGAAGAUCUGAGCUGGCUGAGGCCUUCGGUGGUACGUUGAACCCAGGUUUAACUGCUCCUUCUGUUCACAAGUUUGCCAACCCAGCUCCAUUGGGUCUGUCUGCCUUCGCCCUCACUACAUUCGUCCUGUCCUUAAUUAAUGCUCACGCUAUGGGUGUCACCACUCCAAACGUUGUUGUUGGUGCCGCUUUCUUCUACGGUGGAUUUAUCCAGCUGUUGGCUGGUAUGUGGGAAAUGGCAAUCGAGAACACUUUCGGUGCUUUGGCCCUGAGUUCUUACGGUGGUUUCUGGAUGUCUUGGGGUGUCAUCAACACUCCAUGGUUCGGAGUUGCCGAAGCCUAUGGUGACAAUGCUAGAGACUUUGAGGUUGGUGUCGGAUUUUUCCUACUUGGCUGGGCCAUUUUCACCAUCAUGCUGACUGUCUGUACGCUCAAGUCUACUGUUACUUUCUGUGGUAUGUUUGCUAUUCUGUCUCUGACUUUCGUGAUGCUUGCUGUCGGCCACUUGGCUCCUUCUGUCAACUGUAACAGAGCUGGUGGUGUUUUGGGAGUUGUUUGUGCGUUCUUCGCCUGGUACAACGCCUACGCCGGUGUUGCUACUAAGCAGAACUCUUACUUAACUGUCACUGCCCUACACUUGCCAGGAUCUGACCACUACAAGAAGCGUAAUUAA